CCGGUACUAUCGUAACAGAGGGCCCACUUGAUGCCGGUCUCUAUAGCGAGCCACCGGUGACCUGCUCCCGCCACUGAUGCAGGUAGCUAGUAACUCAAAAGACGGUUUACUCACCUGAAAGUCUUCUGUGCCCACUCCUCAAUCAAAGUUCCUACAUUUGGUUACCUUCUCUUAUACAAGACUACCACUAUCAUUCAUUUGUUUGAUAGACUAUAGCAGAUAUCGUUCCAAGGAUCACGCGAUGCCUUUCUCCUUUAUACAGAGGUGGAGCAGUUGGGCCUCAUUGACUGUUUUGGCUAUCAUUAUCUCCUCAGUCACCGCUGGCCAACUCCAGUUCUGCCGUGUCGAUGAAUCUUUACGCACUGAUCAAUGUCUCGCAGUAUCAACAUAUCACAACGAAACCAGCAACUCUGAAGACUUCUACCUCCUCGUUUCUGCAAAGUUCGAAAACCGAAUCGGCUAUGCAGCGUUCGGAACGGGCGCGACAAUGGACGGGUCGUUGAUGUUUGUGUUAUAUCCAGGAGCGGGGGAAAAAGAUGUCGUGAUGAGUCUUCGCACGACCAAUUACCACUAUCCUCCUGAGCCUUCAGACGACAUGCCAGACUACCAGACUAUCAAGACGUGGAUUGAUGGAGACUACUACAAUGCCCAAGUCGUCUGCUAUAGCUGUGAUACGUGGCAUCGCAAUGCCGCGGAUGUUACGUCGAAGAAACAGAAAUGGAUAUUCUCGAAUCAGUGGGAAUACGUCAUGCAAACGAACGAUCUCAAAAAGCCAUUGGGUCUUCAUAGCGAUUACGGUAUCUUUGAGCUCGACAUGACAGUCAGUCACUACGCGGACAAAACACCCGUUGCACCCGAUCUAGUUGAAAACGGUAGGAAAUUGAUAGGCGCAGAGGCCAAUACCUCAUGGAAACCCAGCCAGCUUUUCGCUAUUCACGGCCUGUUGCUAGCGUUUGCAUUUGUCGUUGUAAUGCCAUUAGGUGUUGCUGGCAUUCGGAGUGGGCAUCCAAAAGCAUUCAAGAUACACUGGGUCAUCCAGCUUUCUUCGGUCGCAUUGGCUGUCUUGGGAAUUUCAUGGGGCAUCUAUUUGUCUUGGGGACACCCAAUCACUAUUGCAACUUCAACUGGUGCUCACAAAAUUCUCGGGUUCGCACUGCUAAUUUCAAUUCUUCUUACGCCAAUGUUCGGUUAUCUGCACCACGUGCAAUAUCUUAAAAUUAGGCGCGCAACUGCCGUCACUCUCUGGCAUCGCCGAUUCGGUUCAUCAAGCUUGGGGACUGCUUGGAUCAAUGUUAUUCUAGGUUUAGUGAUUGCAGAUCAGCCAAUCUGGUAUUUCCUUAUUGGUAUUGGAUUCAUGGUUUGCUCUGCAUAUAUUAUCUACUCUGCGCCAACAUUGCGUGCACGUUUUACUAAAACAAGUAGCACAAUCGGAGAGUACAGUGCUGUAGAUAAUGAAGAAGGAUUAGAGCAGGGCCUUUUACGCAAAGAGACUGAGGAGAGCUAAAUGUUAGGGUUUACCUGUAACCAAGUGGGCUAUAGAGAGAAUUAAAACAUAGUCUCCUAGAGUAACUUUGAAUUAAAUGUGUC